AUGGGUCAAAAUUAUUCCGCCCUCCCAGAUCGAAAUGUCGGCGGUGCUGGUAUCGAUAUUGCCGAGCUUUCCGACAUCAGUUACGAGAAAUCCUUAGGGACUAGCCGUUUCUUAAAAACAAUCAAGGCGAAACAUGCGGAUGGCGGCCUUGUUGUGAUCAAGAUUUUUCUGAAACCAACACCCAGCUUCUCGCUAGAAGAGUAUCGCAUAAAACUUGAACGUGAACAAGAAGCCCUAGCCGAUAUACCGAACGCCUUAUCCCACCAACGAAUCAUAGAAACCGAAAGAGCGGGUUACCUGGUUCGUCAAUACUUGUACAGCAGUCUCUAUGAUAGAAUUAGUACUCGGCCGUUCUUGGAGGAGAUUGAGAAACGCUGGAUUGCCUUCCAACUUCUUUGCGGCCUUCGUGAUUGUCAUGCUAGGGGUGUUCAUCAUGGGGAUAUAAAAACUGAGAAUGUUCUCGUCACAUCUUGGAAUUGGAUCUAUCUCUCCGAUUUCGCCAAAUUCAAACCAACCCAGCUUCCGCAGGACAAUCCUGCGGACUUCUCUUACUUUUUUGACACCUCCGGGCGGAGAAUAUGUUACGUCGCCCCAGAACGGUUUCUUGAUGCUGGGGAAAUAAGUGGGGAUGCGAGUGUUACGGAUGAGAUGGACAUAUUUAGCUUGGGAUGUGUUAUUGCGGAGCUAUUCUUGGAGGGUACCCCCUUGUUUAACCUGUCACAGCUCUUCAAACACCGAAGGGGUGAGUAUGACCCCUCUCAAACUUACCUUGGGAAGAUCGAAGACCCAGAAAUCCGCAGCUUAGUUGAACACAUGAUCAACCUUGAUCCUACUAAGCGGUACUCUGCGGAGCAGUAUCUGAACCUAUGGCGCCGGAAAGCGUUCCCGGAGUAUUUCUAUAGCUUCCUUCAUCAAUAUAUUGGGUUUAUUACGGAUCCAAACCCUGGGCGGAGAGCAGCCUCUAAAAAUGGCAUAAUACCUGUUCGUCUAGAUAUCCCAAACUACCAACGCCACUCAUCCGCGGUGCGGAGGCGACCGGUGAGCGCUGAUGAUGGUACCCUUAUAUUUUUGAGUCUUAUUGCGUCGUCAAUAAGAAACACUUCAAGAGCAACAGCAAGAGUGCGAGCGUGUGAUAUAUUUCUCGCAUUUGCAGAAAGGAUUACCGAUGAAGCGAAACUGGACAGAUGUUUACCUUACCUUGUUGCGUUACUUAACGAUGAUUCGGUUAUCGUCCGAGUGGCUGCUGUGAGGACAGUUACCCAGCUGAUGGAGCUUGUUGAAGUCGUUACCCCUGUUAAUGCGCACGUAUUUCCCGACUACAUUUUACCAAAACUUCAAAAUUUCGCCUCUCAUAAUAAUCCCCUCAUAAGAGCAACAUACGCCUCUUGUUUAUCUUCUCUCGCCGAUAGUGCUUCGAGAUUCCUUGACAUGGCUCAAGCUCUCCGCGCCGAUGGGUCUCUACCUACAGCAGACCCGGAGGCUGAGGAUGGAUCCGCCAUAGGGUCAGCAUUUCAGGCUCUUUUUGACCUGUCUAGGAACGACUUGGUUAUUUAUUUCCAGGAGCACUCAAAGCUGCUACUCACAGACAUUGAUUCUGGGGUCCGAAGGUCGUUUCUCAGAUCUGUAUCUAGGCUCUGUGUUUUCUUUGGAACUAGCAAAGCCAACGAUGUCAUUCUAAGUCACCUGAACACUUAUUUGAAUGAUAAAGACUGGCAACUUAGGAACGCAUUUUUUGAGACUAUUACCGGCGUAGCAACAUAUGUUGGGGUUACUGCUUUGGAGGAGUACAUCAUGCCGUUAAUGGUACAGAGUCUCACAGACCCAGAGGAGUUUGUUGUGGAGAAGGUCCUUCGUUCCCUUGCCAAUAUGGCGGAGCUUGGACUGUUCCAAAGGAGUAAGAUAUGGGAACUUAUUAACGUGGUCGGUCGCUUCAUGAUGCACCCUAAUAUAUGGAUUCGCCAAGGUGCUGUAGCGUUUAUUGCUACCGCGAGUAAAUGGCUGUCGCCGGCCGACAUACAUUGCAUUGUGAACCCAACUGUGAGGCCAUUUCUAAGGGCUGAUGUCAUUAACAUCUCUACGUUGACUAUGCUUGAACACCUCCAAAAACCAGUAUCUAGGCAUGUAUUUGAUAUGGCGGUCACCUGGGCUACACAGUCGAAGAAAGGGUUAUUCUGGCAGGGCGCACAGGAGCAGAGAACCUUUUCCUUUGGGGCAAUAGGUGAUUCACUGCCAAGGGUUCCGGUACAUGAUUUCCAACCAGGUGGUUUUGCAAAGGUCCCGAAGAAUGAGGAAGAUAUCAACUGGAUUGAGAAGCUAAGAAAUUUGGGCAUGGGCCCUGAUGAUGAAUGGAAGGUCAUUUCUCUGAGGGAGUACAUAUGGAGAAUGGCUUUAUCAAAGCCGCGAUUACUAUCUAAUGAAAAUCCACCACUGGCGAAGAACACAAUUUCACUCCAAGAUCUUGGCAUCACACCACACACAGUAUUUUUUGAUGAAAGCCAAUCAUUCUUCAAUCUGAAUAUGCAAACAACGGAUGCUGUUACUGGGAAUCCCCGUCCGGCCACCAUAGCCGAUGCUCUCUUGGACGCCUCUAGGACUAUCGAUAAUUCUGCUCGAAGAACACCCUCUCGAUUACAAUCGAAGCGCUCUACGGGCGUAGAUAUUACGGACAUAAUGCGGUCCCGUUUUAACUCAGAGGCUGGGAUCAGCCAUUCGGGUUCCGGAUCUCCAACUACUUCCAGCCCGGCUGGUUUUGACACUGAGAGUGCUCCAGUAUCAGGGUCAUCUACGCCAUUGGCUGUGCCGCCCGUGACUAUUACUGGAAGCAACGAGUCGUCUACUGCAGCGAGUUCAGUGGAAAAUGGAAACCCCCUUCGCCGUAGGCCGAGCACAUUGAGUCUCUUGGCAAGAAAUGCAGAGGCGUCUAAAGCUGCCCCGGAAACUAGCACCGUUUCUGCGACAGCGUUCGGUAGAGUGGAGCAUCCGUUUGCGAAGGGUGGCGACCUAAGCCUACCCAAAACUGCCGAGACUGUCCCCGAGCCUGGGGAAUUCGAUUUUAGGGCAGCCCAUUCCUAUGAGGGAAAUGACCCACAUAUUUUGAAACUGUUAGACUCUAUGUAUCUUCAGAAUUACCCUAGUGACAUACUCGAGUUCGGCCCGACAAUAGUUCCAGUUCAGAGGAGACAACCGAUCAAGAAGAGUAGCGGUCGCCAAGCGGGAGGAGGAAUAUGGAAACCAGAAGGGGUUAUGGUAGCCCAGUACGGUGAACAUGCAGCUGCCAUCAACAGAGUCAUCGUUGCACCUGAUCAUAAUUUCUUCUUGACUGCUUCUGACGAUGGCACAGUUAAAAUAUGGGAUUCAAGCAGAUUGGAGAAGAAUGUGACGUUUAAGGCUCGGCAAACCUAUAAACAUGGCACCGCAGGAACAGUUCAGGUAAAAGCACUAUGUUUUGUAGAGAACACGAGAUGCUUUGUUAGCGGCGCGAGUGAUGGUACAAUUCACGUCAUCAAGGUCGACUUUCAAAUGACAGCGACAGCAGUUAAGUACGGCAAGUUGAGGCUCAUGAGGAACUGGCAGCUGCCGGAGAAAGGAGAGUCUGCCGUCUGGAUGGAGCAUUUCAAGGCGGAUAAUCACUCGAUUCUGCUCAUCGCAACCAACUUAUCAAAUAUACAUGCAUUAGACCUUAGGACAAUGCGGAUCUUGUAUACUUUGAAAAAUCCUGUGUUCCAUGGAACUCCUACUGCUUUCUGCAUCGAUAGGCGACACAACUGGCUAGUGCUUGGGACAUCCCAUGGUAUACUUGACAUGUGGGACCUAAGAUUUCAGCUUCGCUUGAAGGCGUGGGGGCUACCUGGAUCCACGCCAAUUCACAGAAUAGCAAUACAUCCCUCGAAAGGUCGCGGAAAAUGGAUCGUAGUGGCUGGGGGCACUGGUCAUGGAGAGCUCUCCGUUUGGGAUUGCGAGAAAACCCAAUGCAGAGAGGUCUACCGUGCUGGAGGUGGCAAGGAUAGCGGGAGAGGAUACGAGCCCUGGAAUGUUGAUGACGAGAACCCAGAGCAAAUGUUGAGCCGUUUUGCAACCGCUCUUAACCACCUUGAACCCGGAGGAUCUGGGGGUGUUGAUAGAGGAGUUCGUGCUUUUGCAGUUGGCCUGGAUGCAUAUGAGGAAACGCACGAGACGAGGGCGCCUCCUGGGUUUAUUGUGAGCGCCGGCGCCGACAGGAAAAUCAGGUUCUGGAAUUGCAGCAAGGUAGAAGCUUCAAUGGUUGUUAGUGGGCUUGAUAUGGAAGAGCCCAAACCCACAUUCACGUCAUCUCAUCCCACAGCAACUCUAACACUUAAUACCGAGAGGCCGCCACAACCCCUGUCUGGGGCGGACGCCACCGGGGUAAGGGGUGACCCUUCGUCCGCGUCUGGGUCGUCGAAGAAGAAUAAAGCCACCGUAAAAACACCAAGGUCAACAGUUAUCAGCUUGCAACAACAGCAGUUGUUGAAGGCACAUCUUGAUUCAAUAUUAGAUGUUGCAUUUUUGGAGGUUCCGUACGGGAUGAUAGUCAGUGCUGAUAGGAGCGGUGUUAUUUUCAUAUAUCAGUAG